AUGGGUAGUGAUUUUGAUUUCGCUUUUUGGUCUCAGGCAAACACUUUGAGAUUGUACUUGACCUGUAUACGCAACACUCUAGAUGCAGCAAUGUGCCUGCAGAAUUUUCCUUGUCAAGAAGUUGAAAGGCAUAACAAGCCAGAAGUUGAGUUAAAGACCAGCCCAGAACUUCUGCUAAAUCCUGUUUUGAUAUGUCGAAAUGAGGCUGAAAAAUGCUUGAUUGAGACAUCUAUUAAUUCCCUUCGUAUAAGCCUCAAGGUAAAGCAGGCAGAUGAACUUGAAAACAUACUAACUAAAAAGUUUCUUAGAUUUUUGUCAAUGAGGGCAGAAGCAUUUCAGGUAUUGAGAAGAAAGCCCGUACAGGGUUAUGACAUUAGCUUUCUUAUAACAAAUUAUCACUGUGAAGAGAUGCAGAAGCACAAGCUCAUUGAUUUUAUUAUACAGUUCAUGGAGGAUAUUGAUAAGGAGAUUAGUGAGUUAAAGAUGUCAGUGAACACACGAGGCAGACUGGUGGCUACGGAGUUUCUUAAACAAUUCAUCUAAUAGUGGAUUACUAACUGUAUAUGAAUCAUAUGGUAAUUCUAUGCAUUUGAGACAUUGUUAUCCGGGGCUUAUAUUGGUUGAAUGAUCUAUUACAAGCUGUACAACAUUCUUUUAUGAGUUGACCUUAUUCUGAGAUUCUUUUAUUUUA